AUGGAAGCCAAGAUUGGGGGAAAGGCCUACCAUUAUUAUGGUCCAGUGGUGUCAGAUUUGAAGGCUCUUGGGAAGAGGACUGUGGAAUGGGAUUUGAAUGAUUGGAAGUGGGACGGGGACUUGUUUACCGCUGCACCACUCAAUUCUCUGCCCUCCGAUUGUAGGAGCAGGCAGUUCUUCCCCACAGGAUCAGAAAUUCCCACAAACUCCCUUGUGUCCAACAGUGUAUCAUCUGGUUCUGAUGAAAUGUUUGUCGGGAGUGACAAAGGCAAGAGGGAAUUGGAGAAAAGGAGGAGGGGUGUUGAUGGGGAAGAUGAAGAGUUGACUGAUGAGGCAGGAUCGCUUCAUCUGAAGCUGGGUGGCCACUUGUACCCUAUCACAGAAGGCGAUGUGGAUAAGUGGGAGGGCAAGAGUGGGAAGAAAACAAAAGUUGUGGGGCCUUCAUCUAAUCGUGCUGUCUGCCAAGUGGAGGAUUGUCGUGCUGAUUUGAGCAAUGCUAAGGAUUAUCACCGGCGACAUAAAGUCUGUGAUGUGCAUUCUAAGGCUACCAGAGCUUUGGUUGGGAAUGUUAUGCAACGGUUCUGUCAGCAGUGUAGCAGGUUUCAUGUUCUUCAAGAGUUUGAUGAAGGUAAGCGGAGCUGUCGUAGGCGUUUAGCAGGUCAUAACAGACGGAGAAGAAAGACACAUCCAGAGAGCGUAGAGAGCGGUACCCCAGCUACAGAUGAACGGGGCAGUAAUUAUCUACUUAUCAGUUUGCUAAGGAUACUCUCCAAUAUACACUCAAAUAAUAGCUCAGAUCAAACAAAGGAUCAGGAUUUGCUAUCCCAUUUACUGAGAAGCCUGGCUGGUCUUGCUGGUAUAGUUAAUGAGAAAAACUUGACUGGAUUAUUACCUGGAUCUCAAGAUUUGCAAAAUGCUGGGACAUCUGAUGGGAAUCCUGCAAAGGUAUCAAAUUUGGUUCUACAAAAUGCUGAAUUUCCCUGUACCGGUGCACUUCUGAGUUCUGACUGUUUCAAUUUGCAGGACCCUUCUAGGAAUAUGCUGCAAUAUUCAACCAUGCCUGCUUCUGAAUCAGCACAGAAAAGAAUUUUGGGAGAUGAUGAUAACGGGAUUGUACGAAUUUCAUCUCCAGCUCAAUCCACUCUACUUUUACCUCCAAUAGAAGGCAUCUUGACCAAAGCAAGUUCCUUGGGUACUACCGUUGGGAAGACAAGAAUGAAUAACAUUGACCUGAAUAAUGCUUAUGAUGAUUCUCAAGAUUGUAUAGAAAAUCUACAAAGUUCUGAUUGCCCUACGCAUAUUGGAAAAGCUUCUUCUGGCUGCCCUUUAUGGGUGUAUCAAGACCCAUACAAGUCUAGCCCACCCCAGCCAAGUGGGAACUCAGGCUCUACAUCUACGCAGUCACCAUCCAGUUCCAGUGGAGAGGCCCAGAGCCGCACAGAUCGAAUAGUUUUUAAACUCUUUGGGAAAGACCCUAGUGAUUUUCCUCUUGCCCUUAGGAAACAGAUUCUUGAUUGGUUAUCACACAGUCCUAGUGACAUUGAAAGCUACAUCAGACCUGGUUGUGUCAUACUAACAAUUUACAUACGCAUGGAUAAAUCCACAUGGGAAGAGCUGUGUUAUGAUCUCACCUCCAGUUUGAGGAGGCUUCUUGAUGCAUCUACAGAUUCUUUCUGGAAAAGCGGAUGGAUAUAUGCUCGAGUGAGGCAUCGUGUGGCAUUUGUAUAUGAUGGCUGCAUUGUUUUGGACACACCAUUACCGCAUAAGAGCCAAAAAAGUUGCAGGAUAUUAAAUAUCAAGCCAAUUGCAGUUUGCGCCUCUGGUGAAGUUAAAUUUUCAGUUAGAGGAAUCAACUUAUCUCAACCCACCACUAGGUUACUAUGUGCACUAGAGGGAAAAUAUUUAGCCCAGGAACGUUGUGCUGAUGUAAUAGGCGGAGCUGAUCUAUACAUUGAGCAUGCUGAGAUCCAGACACUUAACUUCACUUGCACUGUACCAGAUGUUACUGGCAGGGGAUUUAUAGAGGUUGAGGAUCAUGGUCUAAGCAGCAGCUUCUUUCCAUUUAUAGUUGCCGAGAACGAUGUUUGUUCUGAAAUAUCUACCCUGGAGAGCAUCAUUGAGGCUGCUGAAAUUUCUAAUGGUUUACAUGGAAACAACCAAAAUUUAGAAGCCAGGAACCAAGCUCUGGACUUCAUACAUGAAAUUGGUUGGCUUCUCCAUAGAAGUCAGUUGAAGUUUAGAUUGGGUCAACAGGAUCCCAACUUGGAUACAUUUCCCUUCCAGCGAUUCAGAUGGCUUAUAGAGUUCUCAGUCGAACAUGACUGGUGUGCGGUGGUCAAGAUGCUUUUGAACGUUCUGUUCAACAAACUCAUGGGUGAAGAAAAACGCUCUUCAAUUGAAGAUGCACUGCUGGACAUUGGGUUGCUCCAUAGAGCUGUUCGGCGAAAUUGUAGGUCCAUGGUUGAAGUCCUCCUAAGAUAUCAUCCAGAUGCAGAUCUGAAUAAAUUAAGUGCAAUCCGCUAUGUAUUUAGACCUGACGUCAAAGGCCCUGGGGGCUUGACUCCUCUGCACAUAGCAGCCGGACGCGAUGGAGCUGAGCAUGUGUUGGAUGCAUUAACUGAUGAUCCUGGACUGGUGGGAGUUGAAGCAUGGAGAAGUGCCCGUGACAGCACAGGAUUGACACCAAAUGAUUAUGCAUGCUUGCGAGGUCACUACUCAUACAUCCAUCUGGUCCAAAAGAAAAUCAAUAAAAAAUGGGGCAGCCAGCAUGUGGUGCUUGAGAUUCCUGAUGGUCAUCUACAGAGCAGCAUGAACCAGAAAACGGCAGAUGAAAAUAAGUCAAGGAAGGUUUCCAGCCUCAGUACUGAGAUGAGUGUAGUGAAACCAAGUCACGUACACUGCAGGCAGUGUGAGCAGAAAUUGGCUUAUGGAAGGAACAGAACAUCGCUAGCAAUUUACAGGCCGGCCAUGCUUUCGAUGGUUGCAAUUGCGGCUGUCUGUGUUUGCGUGGCUUUGUUGUUUAAGAGCUCUCCGGAAGUGGAUUAUGUUUAUGGUCCCUUCAGGUGGGAAUAUUUGGAGUAUGGAUCAAGCUGAGGUGGGAAUUUGUGGCAUUGUUGUUGGAGUGGGGCUUGUAAAAUAAAAAGCUUCCCUUGAAAAAAAGAUGUUGCCCAUGUUUGUGUUGAUCUCAUAUAAGUACUAAAUAUUACUAUAUAGGUAGGAGCUACAAUGCUGUAGCUAUGUAUAUUUAUUCAUGCUUUGUGAUUAUUUCGGAUCAUAAAGAAAGAUCAGUUAUCUGAAGCUGAUGUAUUAACGCAACAUAGGCUGUAAUAAUUCUUGGUGGCAGAUGAUCCAUAUGGAUGAGGGGGCGUAGAAGGAUUUUUUUUUUUUUUGCAAGGAUUCGAAGAUAUUAUCUGUUGUUAUCCAAAUCUGGAGAUAUUGGAAUGUUAAUUAGUGGCCAUAUUUUGAUCGGUGACGUUUAA